AUGAAUUUUCCUGUUGAACUGUCUACACAUGCUCUACGCACUAUGCCCGAAAAAAGGAACGCAGUGAAGGUAUUACCUUUAACCGAGGAUGGCGUGAAGAUGUCAGAAUACCUCAAGGCUCAUGAACAUUUGGGAACUCUGACUGCCAGCGGAGCAGCCCAGCCAGAGAACAUCAGGUCAACUAGACUCAGAAAACAGAUUGCGACAAUAUCUCAGAUUGUGAACCUGAAAAAGAAUGAAUUAGAUGUAUUGGCAAAUUUCAUGGGCCAUGACAUACGUGUAAACCGAGAAUACUACAGAUUACCACAGGACUCUCCAAGUAGCCAAAAUCUCAUGCUAAAUAAUCUAAUACACAUAAUCUGUAAUAGAGCUUUGCUAUGUGGGGAAGAGUAUUACUCUGUGUGAGAAGAGAUUUGAUACGUGUGGGGAGAGACAUGUUUUAUGUGGGAGGAGUGAGUGCUCCAGUGUUGGGGAGUUUAGAGAAAGUUUUCCUACAUAGGGAGGUAUUUUUGCUAAUUCACAAAAGUUCGUUGUUGGGGUAGCCAUGGACAGAAGGCUUACACCAGCCGCUGUGUAGAAUCGA